AGCUGGAGCCCCACCUUCGGCUCCCGGGCGCUGUCCACCGCCUCGUGGUGCUGAUCCCAGCCCCGCAGCUGAACGGCCUUCGCACCUGCCUGCUCACCUCCUGAUCACCACGAUAAGGAGCUGGGCGGGGGCAGAAGGGGGUCCUCGGGGUAGCCGCCCACCGGAGCCAGGGGCUGAAGCAGUGAACGCACAGCAGCCCGGCCGCUGGUCCUGGGGUGGAGAGGAGGCGCGCGCUGCAGCCGGCGGCGGCGCUGGUGCUGAUUCAUCACCUAAAGCUCCUCGCAGGCCACCGCGAGGGCAGCCGACCCGCUUCGGACUCUGGCCGCAGGUUGAAGCCGCCGGUGCGGUAGCCUCGCGGGCAGGAGGUGAGGACCCCCUCCCUUCUCUCGCCCCCCUAUCAUCUUAGGGCGGUGGCUACAGGACAGAGAGAGGGGCGUGCCCCUCGGCUGUGAAGUGGGCAUGCCCGUGUGAUGCCCCCGCCCGCCGUCUCACCGGGGCGCACCACGCUGGUCCUCCUCCGCCAGUCUCCCGAGCUCCGGCCAUUCAUCCCCAGCGCAGAGCAGCGCGGGCAGCCGGUGCCGCGAUGGAGGAAGAGCUGAAGUGUCCCGUGUGCGGCUCUCUGUUUCGGGAGCCUAUCAUCCUGCCCUGUUCCCACAAUGUCUGCCUGCCUUGCGCUCGCACCAUCGCGGUGCAGACCCCGGAUGGCGAGCAGCACCUGCCCCAGCCGCUCCUGCUUUCCCGGGGCUCGGGGCUGCCGGCGGGCGCCGCUGCUACUCCCUCUCUGGAGCACGACACGGCGGCGGGCCCGGCCUGCAGCGGUGCGGGCGGGAGUGCAGCUGGCGGCCUCGGCGGCGGUGCGGGAGGUGGUGGAGACCACGCGGACAAGCUGAGCUUGUACAGCGAGACAGACAGCGGCUAUGGGUCCUACACCCCGAGCCUCAAGUCCCCCAACGGGGUUCGCGUGCUGCCCAUGGUGCCCGCACCACCCGGCUCCUCCGCCGCCGCGGCUCGGGGUGCCGCCUGCUCCUCGCUGUCCUCGUCUUCGAGCUCCAUCACGUGCCCGCAGUGCCACCGCAGUGCCUCCCUGGACCACCGCGGCCUGCGCGGCUUCCAGCGAAACCGGCUGCUCGAGGCCAUCGUGCAGCGGUACCAGCAGGGCCGCGGGGCCGUGCCGGGGGCGUCUGCAGCCGCGGCGGUGGCCAUCUGCCAGCUGUGCGACCGCACCCCGCCAGAGCCAGCAGCCACGCUCUGCGAGCAGUGCGACGUCCUUUACUGCGCUGCCUGCCAGCUCAAGUGCCAUCCAUCCCGGGGACCCUUCGCCAAGCAUCGCCUGGUGCAGCCGCCGCCACCGCCGGCGCCCGCCGAGGCAGCCUCUGGGCCCACUGGCGCCGCCCAGGGCGCCCCCAGCGGAGGCAGCGGCUGCAAGAGCCCGGGAGGCGCGGGGGCCGGGGCGACUGGGGGCAGCACGGCCCGCAAGUUCCCCACGUGUCCCGAGCAUGAAAUGGAGAACUACAGCAUGUACUGCGUGAGCUGUCGAACCCCAGUGUGCUAUCUGUGCCUAGAGGAGGGCCGGCAUGCCAAGCACGAGGUGAAGCCGCUGGGGGCCAUGUGGAAGCAGCACAAGGCACAACUAUCUCAGGCCUUAAAUGGAGUUUCGGAUAAGGCAAAGGAAGCAAAGGAGUUUCUGGUUCAGCUGAAGAACAUACUGCAGCAGAUCCAGGAAAAUGGACUGGACUACGAAGCCUGCCUGGUUGCUCAGUGUGAUGCCCUUGUGGAUGCUUUAACUCGUCAGAAAGCCAAGCUGCUCACCAAGGUGACAAAGGAGAGGGAACACAAGUUGAAGAUGGUUUGGGACCAGAUCAAUCACUGCACACUGAAGCUGCGUCAGUCCACCGGACUGAUGGAGUACUGCCUGGAGGUGAUCAAGGAGAACGACCCCUCGGGGUUCUUACAGAUCUCAGAUGCUCUGAUCAAACGCGUCCAGGUGUCUCAGGAGCAGUGGGUCAAAGGCGCCCUGGAGCCAAAAGUGUCUGCGGAGUUUGAUCUGACCUUGGACAGCGAGCCACUGCUGCAGGCCAUCCACCAGCUGGACUUCAUUCAGAUGAAAUGUAGGGUGCCACCUGUCCCCCUACUGCAGCUGGAGAAAUGCUGCACCCGCAACAACAGUGUCACGCUGGCCUGGAGGAUGCCACCCUUCACCCACAGCCCUGUGGAUGGCUACAUCCUGGAGCUGGACGACGGCGCUGGGGGACAGUUCCGGGAAGUGUACGUCGGUAAGGAGACUUUGUGUACCAUCGACGGUCUUCACUUCAACAGCACCUACAACGCCCGAGUCAAAGCUUUCAACUCUUCUGGUGUCGGGCCUUACAGUAAAACUGUCGUCCUGCAGACGUCCGAUGUGGCCUGGUUCACAUUUGACCCCAACUCUGGGCAUCGGGACAUCAUUUUAUCCAACGACAACCAGACAGCCACCUGCAGCAGCUAUGAUGACCGGGUGGUGCUGGGCACAGCUGCGUUCUCCAAGGGUGUGCACUACUGGGAGCUGCACGUGGACCGGUACGACAACCACCCAGACCCCGCCUUCGGGGUGGCCAGGGCCAGCGUGGUCAAGGACAUGAUGCUGGGCAAGGAUGACAAGGCCUGGGCCAUGUAUGUGGACAACAACCGCAGCUGGUUCAUGCACUGCAACUCCCACACCAACAGGACGGAAGGCGGCGUGUGCAAGGGGGCCACCGUGGGCGUGCUGCUGGACCUGAAUAAGCACACCCUCACUUUCUUCAUCAACGGGCAGCAGCAGGGCCCCACAGCCUUCAGCCACGUGGACGGGGUCUUCAUGCCAGCCCUCAGCCUCAACCGCAAUGUGCAGGUCACCCUGCACACAGGAUUGGAAGUGCCGACUAACCUGGGGCGGCCAAAGCUGUCAGGCAAUUAGCUCCGCUCCAGCUUGGCACUGCGCCUGUGACACUGACAUUCACAGGCAAAAUGCCCACCAUUCUCACUAAGCUCAAAUAACCCACAAAAGCAGGAUAUGCAAGUCAUGGGUACAACCUGGCAGCGUGGAAUGUCAUAGAAACAUUUUCUUGGGGGCACAGGGAAUGGGUCCACGGGCCAUGCUCACAGCUGCCACUGUCAGUGGCAAAGGCGGGUACGUGUGUCACCCUUAUUCCACCCAGACGUUACGAACGCUCCCCAAGAAGGACCUUUCUCAAGGGAGUCAGCAUUCGGGCUUCAUGUCUGUGUUUCCUGCCAGCUGUAUUCAAAGCUUGUCUUUUUUUGGAGGGAGAGGAAGGUAGACUUUGAGACUGGCCUCCUGAGAGUGGCAGUCAGGAGCUGCGCUGUAAUCCCACACCCCGGAUGUUGGCCCUCUGCGGGGACCCUGCCUCCUCAGAGUCCCAAGACUGCAGAUUCUCAUCAUGCUGAGAAAGUUAUCUUCUAGCUUCUUGGUCCUAGAGUCUUUAGUAGUGCCUGCCACUUGCAGACCCAAUGCAGGAUUGAUAGAAAGGGAUAUUAAUCAUUCUUGCUAGACUUUUGCCUCUCUCACUGAAGUGUUGAGAACCUUUUAAAAUGGCUUCCUUUAUUAGUCAGCCAAUUGUGUUCUCUCUCUCUCUUUUCCUCCCUCCUUCAUUUCUUCUCCCUCCCUCCUUCUCUCUCUCUCUUUUCUUCUCUCUCUCCUUCCCUCCCUCCUUCAAUCUCUUUCUUCCUUUCCUCCUCCUCUCUCUUACUUUCCUCCAUCCCUGCCUCUCUUUCUUCCAUCUUUCCCUCUCUUUCCCUCCCUCCUUCUCUCUCUCUGUCUCUCACAUACACACACACAUCCCCCCACACACACACAUACAACAGUCUUCUAAAAUUAAUUCACUCAGUUCUUAGUUCUUAAAUCCACGUGAAAACACAAGAAUUUUAACAACUAUGUCAGACGUCUUCACCUGGUGGUGGCUCCUUUCUGAAACUGGCAACCCAAGAAGUUAACUGAAAACACAUCCAGAUUGCUCUUCUGAGCAGAACCACUCUCAGACUCAUAAGCAUUUAAGAUGGCAGACCCUGGAAAAGCCUCUUCUAGUCAGUCCACCCUAUUGUCGUUAUGAAAGCAUCAUGACACAAGUGGCCCCUGUGGCAGGCAGGGACGGCUCUGCCCUGAUGCGGUGGGCGGGAUCUCUGGGGAAGGCAGAAAAUAGAAGAGCAAUAUCAGGUACCUUGUCUCCCAGCUUCCCACUGUGAGACUGGGUGUGCCGAGUCUGACCUGCCAGGGCGGGACUCCGGAAACACCAGGCUUCUCCCUUGAGAUCCACAUUGAGUCAUCCACACCUCUCAGAGACAGCUCACGACAGGGGUUCUGAGGCUGCCGGGCUCUUGUUCCCAGGGAACCCUUCCUCUCCUCCCUCCUCUCAUCUUCCCAGUCACCUGCCACCUCCAGCUCUACCUGGUAGUAAUAUUUCUCUCUCCUUUUAAAAAGAAUAUAUUUUGUCAAGCAUUUUAUUUCUGAGGCUGAGAAGUGACUUGUCAAUUUGCUGGACUGGAUUUUUAUAAAAACUCGCCCCGUACACCGGCACCGACUGUGCGUCCUUGGUUCUGCCUUCCUGUUCAGAUACCGCGCCUGCUUUCUGAGUAACCGCCUGCCAGAGCCAUGCAGGUCCCCCGCCUCCACUCAGCAGGCCCGACAAUCCUACCUCAAAGCUCACGCUCUUGGUCUGCAAGGCCGCCUGGUCCGCUGUCUCUGCGAUGUGGCCGGCAAGGCCAGCUGCCCCGUCUGCAGGAGCUGCUUGGUGCUGUGUUGCAGCCUCUGCUGCAGAGCCUGGGAGCCAUCUGCUUCGUGGAAGUCUAGGUCUUGCCUCUUCCUUGUCAUCUCACCAAGCAGUUUCUGGAUCUCCUCCCAUCCCAGAGCCCCAUCCAGAGCCCUUGGAGGUAACAUACAAGACCUAGGACCCUGUGUGCUUGCCCACACCGCUGCCUCUGUCUCCCAUAUCCCUGCAGCUUCAUCCUUAGCCAUAGCCCUGGGUGGCCAUGGCUUGGAGCAUGGAGAAGAUCCCUAAAGAUUGAGGAUGAAGAGCAGUCACCACUUUCCUAGGGCUGAGGAAGCUAUCAGCUUUGGGAAGUGUCUAGCUGCCUUCUGAAAAAAACAGACCUACACCCUGCCCCCAGAAUGAGAGUGGGCUACGCAGGGCUGCCUGGUGACAGCGGCUUCUCACAGGGGAGUCCCGGGGAAGGCUGUGGAGCCUCCACCGUCACCACAGCCCGGGUCACCAGGGGACCCCAGCUCUGCAGAGGAAUCGCCCAUCACUGGAGCACAAGCUGCCUGGAGCUACCCUGAACCUAACUCCUUUGAAGGAGCAGCAUCCAGGUCAGGAGAGAAGUGGAAAGUGCAGGAGGGAAAUGCCCACAAAUCUGGUGGCCUCUUUCAGAAAAAAAUUCCCUGAAGUCUAGAGAGGUGCAGCAAGGACUCCCUCCUCCCGACUGCUGCCCUGAGCGUGGGGGCUGAGAACCUCCCUUUUCUGACUCCUCCAGGAGCCCAGAAGCAGUACGGCCGAUGCCAGGGACGGCAUCCAGCUCUCCUUCACAGACGCCUCUCCCGUCUUCAGCACAAAACACCUUCAAUGUUCUGACUUCAAAGAGAAGGGCAGGUCCGUGCCACACACUUGUGUUUUUGAGGGAUCAGAAAAGUGAAGAAGGAACUUAUCAACUCCUCAUGGCCGGGAAGGUCCCGGGUUUUGGAGUAGAAAUGACAGGUCAUGGAAUUCUCAUCCACCAUCGAAUUCCAUAACACGUUACAUCAUGGUGGCAUAUUUGUACAUAGAAAUGAUAUCAAGAUGAGGCUUUAGUUGGGCUGGCUGGGGAGUAACUUGGUGUAAAUCUAUCAAGCAGUUUCAGUGAAAAAGGAAUUCAAAGUAGUUUUAAAAUGUCGAGUUCCAUUGCAUUGUAAAUAGUGCCUCUGUAAUGUGUUCUGCAGUUGUUCUUUGCUAGUGAGCAAGUGUGGUCAAAGUGUAUGCCUUUUCCUUUUAAAAUUAAUCUCUUCCGAAAAUAUCCACUAGCACCUCACUGCAUACAUAGCAUCCCAGCUCCUAAUUCCAAGCAGGGGAAGGUAUUUCCCCAAAGCCUGCUUUUCCCCUCUCUGUUCUCCUUGGGAAAACAAUGAUUCCAAUUAAAGAGGACACCAGUAAUACUGACCCACAAGGUAACUGACCUAAGCACUAUAAAACUGUAUAUAGUUCCAGGCUGCAUCUUCAGCCUGAUAUGUACUUUGUAGUUGCAACAGUGCCCUAGGUGCCCUAUGGCCCACCAAGUUUGAGGAGGGUGGUGCUUUCCGGAUUGAGCCUGGGCAGGCACUGUGGAGCUCACCAAGAGAGCUGGGGGCAGGCCCACCCUCCUCUUUGUGCCCUUUCUCUCCCUCUUGGUGCCCCUGCCUCCGCCCCACCACAGCACUCUCAGGAAAGGAUCAGAAUGCAGGAUCUUUGUGUAUUUCUUCCAGGGAUAUUUGCAUUUAAGCCUUAAUUCUCACUGCAAGCGAAAGGCUUGGUCCCCCUGGGAAGGCACAUUUCAGCACCAGUGGGCAGGUGGUUCAGUGUCAAGGAGGCUGUUACUGGUCCCAUGGCCACCUGCUGGCUGUGCGGUAGUGAGGGAGGGUCAGUCCUUAGGGGGACUCAACAUAUGAAUGCUGAAGAACACUGUUGCACAGCCUGUGGGGUGGUGCCAGGGUUUCUCAACCUCUACUGACAUUUUGCGGUCAGUUCUGUACACUGUAGGAUGUUUAGCAACAUCCCUGGUCUGUACCCAUCAUCUGCCAGUAGCAACCCCCAAGUUAGGUGUGACAACCAAAAGUAUCUGUAGACAUUGCUAGAUAUCUCCUGGGGGCCUCCAUAAGUUGAGAACCACCAGGUUAUGCUAGUGGUUUGUCAUGCGUGGAUCUGCAGAGGGACUGUGGCUUUCCGGCUGCAUUGUUCCAUAGAAAGCCUGUAUGUGACAAAGCUUCCAGCCUUUAUCUUGAUACCCAAGCCCAGGAUUUUCCAUGGGUCUUCAGGGGGCAGGUAGGGGGAAAUGGAGUGAGCCACCCCCAACAGAUGCCAACCUGUUGGGUCUUGAAUUUUUACUCACUGAAGAUGCCCCCAGCCCGCUCCCCCUUUCCUAGAAAGCAAAACUUGUUACCUUUGUUUUCCUUGGCCACGUUUUACUGGAAGCAACAGGAACUUCUUAAUGGGUUUGUGGCCCUCAAUUGGUUUUUUAAAAAAUCUAACAGAUGUUAUUGGCAAAUAUUCAAGAUGGUGAUGCUGGAAAAUUUCAGGACUUUUCUUUUGCAAGUGAGCCGGUAGCUGUGUUUGUUGACCGCAUUCUUGGCAGUUCCUCCCGGAAGAUCAAAGGAUCCUGCAGCUUUAACUGUAUCUGGGCUGUAAAAAUAUGAGGGCAGGUUUCGGGUAGGAUGUAUUGAUCAGACACCAAGUUCAGCCCUCAGUUACUUCCCUCUCUUAACCUGGCGUGAAUAGUGAUUCAUGGUAUGGGUGGGGGCCAGUCUCUUAUCCUUUCUGUGCCUCAGUAUCCCCGCCUGAAAUGGGACUAGUCAUACUAACCUACCUCCUCUGAUGUAUUGUGAGGAUUAUAGAAUAACAUUUUUAAAGAAAAAAAGUGCAGUCUUUCACCUCUGGCAUCUCAGCUAAUGAGUCCCAUUCAGUGAAUCAAACCUGUCAGGGGGUAGAUUCCAGUGUUCUCUGACCAGUGUCUUCCAUCCAAGCCUCCUUGUGACCAGGGCAAGGAGCUGCCUGGCCUCCAGCGUGAAAAAUAGACCUUUAAGACAGAUUUCCUAUGACCACAGAAAGUAACACCCCAUAUGUUUCCGUUCCCAGCGAGGCCUGUUUGAACAGUGCUCUGUGUGUGCUGUGAACAGGCUGCCUGUCAGCAGUCUCACUGCUAGGCUUCAAGGCCUCUGCGUGCAGAAGCCCCUUUAAACCAAGGAAGGACACUAACCCAGGCCUCUGCCUUCUUUGUUACCUAAGUUCUGGUAUCUAAGGGGUCUCUUAACUCAUAGCUUGUCUCCUUUGUUUCGAGGGGUCUCUGCAGUGUGAGUGGGUUUGAAAUCCAGCAUGGAUAGUGGGAAGAGAUGCAACUGAGCCGAAGUUUUGAAGGCUGGUUGGGCUAGUGGGUCAUCGUGUCACUUUCAGAUGACUGAUGACCACUGAGCCUUCACCAGCACGAGCUAUGCAGGUUGGGGGAGGCCCUGGCUUUUUCAAUGAUUGAUGUUGACAUGAGUCAGGAGCUGGGAGUUGAGAUCUCCAAGGAAGUCUCGUCCGGAGCCAUCGCUCUUCUCUCAAAGAGCACAGUCCUGGGGAAGGCCUAGGGACUUGUGGGCCAGUGAUGCAGGCACUGCAGACCAGCCAGGCCCUCGGGUAAGGCUCUGAGGAGAGGCCAAACCCAGGCUUCAGGUUCGGGAAGGUGACCGCUUGCAACUGCGGUAGCAGGAACGUGUCAGGUGCUUACUGGGUGAGACCCAGCCCGGGAAGCCUCUCCAACUCCUCCUAGCCCUGGAAACCGGACAUCCAGAGCCCCAGGCUUUCUUGGCACCCAGAGGAAGCAGGGAGAGGGCAAAGCAGCAAAUGUUCAAUGCAUGAUGUAGGAUUGCUGCUUUGACACUAAGCUGUUGUAUUAAGCAUGAGAGGUGUUUGUUUAACGUUGGCAAAGGGAUUUAACAAGAAACAAAAAACGUCGUGUCCUUGUUUUGACUGUCGACAGAACUCCCAUUUUCUUGCCUUUCUUUAUCCCCAUUUCUCCUCCUCCCUCCCCCUCCCCCAUCGCACCCACUUUCGGUCACUCGUUGUUGGUAUUUGGUGGCAGCUCUUGGUCCUGUUGCUGUGGAUGUUCCACUGAAAACACGGGGGGUAGGGGGCAGUGGUAAGGAAAGCAACUUUUUUCUAAUUUUUGUAUUGGUAUCCACAAGCGUUUGUAUUUUUUGAAUUGCAAACACUGUGUUUUCUGGUCUUUGGGGGUUGGUUGAACUUUCUGUAUUACCUUUUGGAAAACCUGAGUUUUACCACAGUCUUAAGCAGAUUUGAAAUAAAUUCUUUUGACACUGCCAAAAA